AUGUACGCCAAAGCUCUCGUCACCGCUCUCCUCGGCGCCACCGCCGUCUCUGCCCACGGCUUCGUUGAGAAGAUCACGGCCGGCGGCCAGACAAUCACCAACUACAACCCCUCGACCGCUCCUUACGCCAACCCGAAGCCGGAGACCCCUGGCUGGAACGCCGACCAGCCUGAUCUCGGCUUCGUCUCCCCCAGCGCCGCAAACAACCCCGACAUCAUCUGCCACAAGUCGGCCACUCCCGGCAAGAAGAGCGUCACGGUUGCUGCCGGUGAGAAGAUCACCCUCGCCUGGAACACUUGGCCCGAUUCCCACAAGGGCCCCGUCAUCGAGUACCUUGCCAAGUGCAGCGGCGACUGCUCUUCCGCCACCAAGACCAACCUCAAGUUCUUCAAGAUCUCCGAGAAGGGUCUCAGCGGCGGUAAGUGGGCGGCCGAAGAGCUCAUCAGCAACGGCAACAAGUGGGAGGUCACCAUUCCCAGCGACAUCGCCGCCGGCAACUACGUCCUCCGUCACGAGAUCAUCGCCCUCCACAGCGCCGGUCAACAGAACGGUGCUCAGUUCUACCCCCAGUGCAUCAACCUCCAAGUCACCGGCGGUGGCUCUGCCAACCCUUCGGGCGUUGCCGGCACCAGCCUCUACACUGCUACCGACAAGGGCGUCCUCUUCGACAUCUACAGCGGUGCCACCAGCUACCCCAUUCCCGGCCCCGCUGUCUACAGCUCCAAGAAGCGCCGUAGCCACGCUCGCGACAUCGUCGUCGCCAACUAA